ACAGUCAGGUGGAUAGAAUUGAGAGCAGAUUUUAUUUACCUUGCAAUAAAUCUUUUGCUUUCUUGUAAAGGAUUGAAAAAAAUAAAGUUGACUACAUAAACUUGAAAAAUAUGGGUUGCAAAAUUGUCUCGAAUAUUUUUCGUAUCGUCGUCGCAACCAUUUUGAUGGCAUGUCUCCUCCCAAGGAGUGACACCCUGCAGGCGAAGCUAACGUUCUGGGAGGAAGAAAAUUACCAAGGGGAUGGUCACAUUUUUACCAAAGCGGAUAAUUCUUCCCUCCAACGACUAAAUUAUAAAUGGUCGGGCUGUAUGCUCGGAAUGUGGAAUUACGUGUCGAUCGGAGAAACGAGCAGUUACGGGUUGGCCCACUAUGUCGAAGAAAAUUGUGACCCAUCCUUCAUGUUUUCCCCAUCCGCGUUAAAAUUUGUCCGUCCCUUGGCAAACCCGGACACGUCUCAAAUUUCGCUAAGUUUGUAUGAAGAUACUUUUGCGAGUCUGGAAAUGUCGAGGGAGCACUAUUUUGACCAGAGGACCUGGAUGGGGACCCCCUUCCGAAUUACGGCCCUGGCCGUGACGGGCUGGUCGAACUGGACAAUUUCCGAGUUUCCAAACUUCGAAGGGAGAACGAUUUGUAUUCGGUCGACUCAAGAGUUCUCAUAUAUCAACAGUCUUCACAGCGAGUAUCCGAGCAGGGCGGGAUCUGUCGCGCAAGGUUGCACGGUUAAGGCAGAUGCCACGAUUUAUCUACCGAAGCAAGGAGAUCAUACUUUGCAAGUUGCAAUUUCUGGGUGAAAACAUUCAAAUAUUGGAAAUAUUUGGUCAGGAUUUAAAAAUAGAUAUGUAAAUGUGUAUGGAAUAAAAACAAAUUAAACACCA